UUCCAUUCGCUUCUGAAAAACGGAUUGAAAUGAAGGGCUUGUGUCUGCUUCUCGUCGCUGUUAUGGCAGUUGGCUGCCUUGGGUGUCCUGACGGCUGGCUGGAUGUCAGUGGGACUUGCUUUUACUUCCAUCAAGACCAGUCUUUGCCCUGGGACGACGCGAAGAUAUUUUGCGAAACAAGUGGAGCUGUUCUGGCCAAGGUAGCAACUGCACAGACUCUCAGGGCAAUUUACGAGUACAUCCUUACAUUCGGCCUAGAAGGAUCAUACUGGCUAGGUGCCUCCGAUGUGGCCUAUGAAGGUGACUGGAUGUGGGUAUCUGAUAACUCAAGGGUUAGCAAGGGUACACCCUACUGGGCUAUCCACAAUGGACUCUUUGGCUGGGCUCAUGAACCUGCAGGUGGAUCUGAUGAAAACUGCCUUCUGCUUGAUGAAAGUCGCAAAUAUUACUUUAAUGAUGCUAAUUGCAACCUGAUUCAUCAUCCCCUCUGUAUGACUUAAACAUAACCAUAAAUAAAGCUUUUAAUCUGAAAUAUGAAGCAUACUGCUGUGUGAAAAGUGAAA